GCGCGUUUCUAUCCAUACGGGGCGUGUUGAUUCUCUUCAUGCACGGUAGCCACUCUUUGACGACGAAGUUUGCCUGCGGGCAUUGUCAGCUAUCGUCGUAGUCGCUCACUUAGCCACGUUGGACACUGCAUGCUCCUCUACGUGGCCUCCGUGCUCGAAUCCCUUGCCGACAACACCCUGAUCCACGAACUUGCGACCGAGUCAACAACCAUCUGGCCGCAAACAUUCAUCUCCAUAGUCAUUAUGGACGUCAACUCCAGUUCGCCUAAUGGCACACAAGAGUCACGUCGCAAAUCUGGUAGAGUUGUGCGUAGACCAGAAAUAUUCUCCCAAGAACACCACGAAGGCAGCCUUCCCACCAACGGGACGAGCAAGCGCAAAAGACCAACUGACACUACCGAUGCGGAUGACGAGGAAGAUGACGGGGAAGAAGAAUCUGAGGAUGAUGAAGACGAAAGUGAAGAUGAGCCGGACGAAGAGGAAUUGAAAGCGCAACGACGAGCACAGAGAGCAAAUGCGGCAGCGGCGAAACCUGCUACCAAAAGAGCAAAGACAACUGGUGGGUCAAGUACCACCUUAGCCAUGCGCCCAGCCAACACAACAAGGACAGCUGGAGGAAAAGCCGCAAAAACACAGAAGGCGCGCGCUCGACCGAGCCAGGCGCAUCUACAAGGAUUGUACGCCGAAGUGUUUGGCAGAGGACGGUCAGCCGAAGAUGCUGCUUCCAUAUGGUUUCAGUCCGUGCAAAGCGAUAGUGUCGCUGGCAUUCGGGAUUUGAUCAACUUUGUACUGCAGUGUAUCGGGUGCGACUCCAAGAUCGAAUCCGAGGAUGUUGAAGACCUCGACUCAGUACCGACCAAGCUGGGAGACAUACUUCAGGAAUACGAGCAGCAAAAGUCGCCCGAUUAUCCUCUGAUCUCGAAGCAGAAACAGUAUGCUGGCUUUCAGACUGUCUUGGAGGACUUUUUCAACGCUGUCCUCAAAGCACUACACACCUCCUCGGUAUUUUAUGACCAGCCUGAAGUCUACGACAACAUUCAUGUCUGGAUUGCGACCAUGUCAGGCGCCAACUACAAAUCUUUCCGGCACACCGCCACGAUAAUAUCUUUGUCAAUGAGCACUGCCCUUUGUGAGGUUGCAAAAGAAUUGCAGGAAACGAUGGCGACGCUGAAGGCACAAAUGGACGCAGAAAAGAAGAAAAAGAGCGUCAACAAAGCUCGCAUCAAGACGAUUGAAAACAACCAGAAAGAUGCAGAGAGAAAACUCGAAGCAAUAGAUGCUCAGCUGAGAGAUGCCUUCGACACCGUCUACGUCCAUCGGUACCGAGACGUAGAAGAAAGAAUCCGUGCUCCUUGUGUCGCUGCACUCGGUAAUUGGAUUGUGCUCUAUCGAAAGAUGUUUCUUGAAGGCCAGUUUCUGAGAUAUCUUGGAUGGGUCCUGAACGACACAAGCUCUCCAACAAGACUUGAAGACGUCAGACAACUCAAGAAUCUUUUCAAGAACAAGAAAAAUGUCGCUGCGUUGCGAGCUUUUACAGACCGGUUUCGACCUAGGCUGGUCGAGAUGGGUGCGAGGGACGCUGAUGUCACUGUGAGAGUGGAGGCUAUCGAAUUGCUAGACAGGCUGAGAGAUGCCGAACUUCUUGAGCCUGACGAUAUUGACACAAUUGGCCGGCUGAUUUUCGACAGCGAACCACGAGUACGGAAGGCUGUGGCCAAGUUUUUCGUCUCCAACAUCGAGGAUUUGUACGGAGCAAGCAUUGAGGACUUUGAUGAAGCUCAGUAUCAAGCAGCUCUGCCCGAUAAGGACGAAGUAGACGAGUAUGCUGUACCUACUCGAUCUUGGAUCAAGUUCAAAUGUUUGGGGUCAAUCCUUGCCGGAUAUGACAACGAUGAAGAGUCCAUAGACGGGACGGCCGGUCGCCCGUUGCCUAGGGAUCUCUCCAUUGACUCCAGAUACACCCUUGCCACGCAGUCCAUCUACCCUUACAUGAAAGAACUACAUCAAUGGGAGUCGCUCGCUGGUUACCUCCUGUAUGACCAUUCUUCGAUCCCAGCAACUGGGGACGACGAGGAUAUCAAUGUCCAAGUCCAGCAAGCCUAUCAUCUCAGCCCAGGCGAGGAUAUCAUCCUCCUGGACGUCCUCCAUGCUUCGGUCAAGCAAUACUUACAAUCCAUACUCGAACCUCCCACGAACCGAAGAACCAACGCCGCAAAAGACCAUAUUCGGGAGAAGCAGGAAGCCGCGGCCCAAAAUCUCACUCAAAUCCUGCCCGACCUUUUGAGCAAAUUCGGGAGCACUCCCCAAGCUGCCUCAUCUAUCCUUCGCAUUGAACAGCUCCUGGAUAUCGGCCUGAUCGACGACCUCCAGAGCGGCGAAGCCACUUACUCCGCCAUUCUCGACGAUAUUAGCAAACAAUUCACCUCGCACUCGGAUAAAAAAGUCCUUGCCGCUGCGAGCGUGGCGUUCAGGAACGCUCGAAGCUACGAACAGUCAAAGGAAGCAGUUGACUCCAAGGUCCAAGAAAUUUGGACUGAAUCCAUAACCACGAUCGCGGACCUCCUUCGGGGCAAGGAUGUCGAAAAGCGAGGGACUCUCGAUAGAUCUUCGCUGGCCGCAUUGGUGAAUAGUACAACGCGCUUGACGGAGUUGGCCGGUGUAUGUGACUGCACUCAACUAUUGGAGAGUAGACUCGGCCCGGCCGCGAGCAGAAAGCAGAAAGAUAAAGCUGACCAAGGCACGUUAUUGAGUCUUCUCCUACAGCUUCUGAAGCGUGGCGAGCCGGAUGAAGAUACCACGGACACGUUCUCAGGGUUGGAAGAUCAAUUAUGCACAACUCUCAUCGAGCUAUUCUCGCGGUACUUCCGCUGGAAAAUGGUCGGCUUGAAGAAAGCUAUUUCCUCGAACGACGCAGGUCAGUUGUCGAUCAGGAGUCUGACCAGCUUCGCCAUGACACGCACAACGUUCGUGGAGAAUCUAGCGCCGGUUAUUUCACUGCGCGCCCCCCUUGAUUCAGUCCGCUACAGUGCGAUUUUGAAUGUUCUCGAGCUGUUCGCCCUCUUUACUACAAUACGAAACAUGCGUCCUGACAAGGGCGCACUAGAUGAAGAUGUUGAGCAAAACUUGAACAGUCUUAUCACCGCUGUGCCAGGGGAUAUUGUGAAGGAAGUCAUGGUCACGCAUGAGCGCCUGGAGAAGAGCUUUGCUAGAAAAACGCAUAGAAAGAUCUUGAGCAGCAGCGAGAAGAAAAAGGGAGCUGCAGCAACGGACGAGGAUGAGGAAGAUAUAGAAAAGCCGCCCGAGGAUUCGGAAGAUGAGAAUGAGGACUCGGAUAUGGAUGAUGAGGAUGAAGAGCCUGGAGGCAGUGGCGGAGGUGGAAAGAACGCGAAGAAACAAGCCGCGCUGUUGGCGGAGCAAAAUUUGUGUGAACUGACGAGUAAGAUUAUCUUUGCAAUUGUCGGGGGUGCGGUGAAAGAUGAGAGGGUGAAGAAGGGAGUCUUGCUGAAUCGAAACAAGUUGGGCAAGAAUUAUGCGGCACUGGUGGCGUAUUUGGAUGAGAAGAAACAAAAGCAGCCGUCUGGGGCUAAGGCGAAGGGGAAGAAGCCCAGUGAAGCUGUGAAGGCCGCGAAGGAGAAGAAGGCGGUUGUGAGCGAGGAGAUGGUGCUCGACGAUGAUGACAUUGAGGACAGUGAGAGGGAUGAGGAAGAGGAGCUGAGGCAGCGGGAGUUGGCUGAGGAUGAUAUCGAGGAUCAUGGCAAAGAGAACGAAGCUAAGGAGGAGAGACAUGGUGAAGGCGACGAGGCUGAGGAUGAUGAUAUCAUGGGUGAUUGAACUCGGUUUGAUCCAAACAAUCGUGUGGCAUUGAUGUUGCAGCUGCUGAGUGCCGUGAGGAAACAACUACCUGUGAGGCUGUCGCUGAUCUGAUCGAUCUGGCAAUGGCGACGAAGCGGAUGCCCAGUGCAUUUGCGAUAUGUGGUUGUAUUGAUUGUUCUGUCCGAUAUGAGUGUUCAUGAAAACAUAC